AUGGGAACGCUGGCUCACGCGUUUUCGCCGCCAAACGGUCAUUUCCACCUGGACGGAGACGAGAACUGGAUCGUCUCCAUCGGCGGCGACGGUUUUCCCUCGGUGACGGCGGCUGUUGAUCUAGAAUCAGUAGCUGUUCAUGAGAUCGGUCAUGUUCUAGGGUUAGGCCAUUCCUGUUACCGGACUAGUAACCGAAGGAUAAAUCCUCUCUAG